CCUGUACCAGCAGGUCCUAGGCGUCAUAGGUAUUACACCUUUCCUGCUAUGUUAAGGGCGAGUGCUGGAGGGAAUACUGUUUACAGACACCACUACAGACUAUUGUAACUCCUCAGAGGACAAAACCAGGAAUGUUAAAAUGCCAAAACUUUUGUUUUCAAAGAUUCGUUUCUACGAAAUAAAGGAUCUGAUGCAAAAUGUGAAGCGACCAAGGAGAAUUGAUAUUGUUCUUAAUCGAAAAAGGCAUAAGAAGGACAUCCAGUGCCUCAUGGUACAAAAAAUAAAUGAUGACACACAUCCUUCAAAACUCAGUUGGCCGACUAAACUCCACCCAACUCUGGAAAAGUUGCUACAGGAUAAAAAAUAUUUAGCAGCAUUCCACUCAUUCCUGGAGUCUGAGUUCAGUGAAGAAAACAUUGAGUUCUGGCUCGCAUGUGAAGACUACAAGUCGACCACCUCACCGGAUGACCUUCGCUGGAAAGCUGGGGAGAUCUACCAGGAGUUUAUCCAGCCUACAGCCUGCAGAGAGAUCAAUGUUGACCACCACAUUAGAGAGAAGAUUAAGAAGUCUCUGGAGGAGCCGAGCCUCUCCUGCUUUGAAGAGGCCCAGAAACAUGUUUACAUGCUGAUGGAGAGAGACUCUUGCCCCAGAUUCCUGCAGUCAGAUGCCUACCUGAGUCUCAAGCACAAAUCCAAGACUCUUUGGUACAUUUAGCUGAGAAACAAGGUCAUCAAAACACUGCAUCAAUGCUGCUGCUUUCACGCUGUAUGAGAGGUGGAGAUGAUGUCUUGAUGAAAUGUUGUGGGCAAUUUGAUGAACACCGUGAGAGAAAAGUAAUGUGAGUGGAAAGAGAUGAAUGUAGGGGAGAAAGAAUGCUGUUGGUAUGUGAUGUACUUUGAUUGUGCAGAGUUUGGAGUUGUUUGAAAUGCUAUAAAUGUUAACUGAAAGUCUUUGUAAGUUAAGAUAGUGAGUGUACAGUAUGAUAAAUAAUGAGGAAUGAUAAAUUGUUUCUGACAUGCAGAAUGAAAUGACCUAGUUUUAAUAAAUGGGCAAUAAAUGCAAAGUUCUUGACUAACUUA